GAAGAGAUGAGCUUUACCUCAAGUAUAGAUGGCAACCUACUAAUUGUGAUCUUCAAAGAUGGGUUUAGGUUUGAUGGGGAAGCCUUUCUGCGAAAGUUUAGAGGGAAAAAGAUAAUGUUUGUGGGAGACUCACUUGGAAGCAACCAGUGGCAGUCCCUGGCCUGCAUUCUUCUCACUGCAGCCCCCAAUUCUAACUACACCGUCAGCAGAAAAGUCAACCGUUCCCAUCUUUCGUUCUCGGACUAUGAGAUGGAUGUUAUAUUCUUGAAAAAUGGAUUUCUGGUGGACCUAGUCAACGAGGAAGCAGGCCGAGUUCUUAAGCUAGAUUCCCUAAAUAAGAGUAAACAGUGGGAAGGAGUUGAUUUCUUGAUCUUCAAUACCUAUCAUUGGUGGAUGCAUACUGGACAUCUCAAAAGAUGGGACUACUUCCAGGUUGGUGAAAAGCUCUACCAUGAAAUGGAUCGUAUGGAUGCCUAUAGAAUUGCUUUGACUACUUGGGCUAAUUGGGUUGAAUCCAACAUUGAUCCCUCCAGGACUAGAGUGUUCUUUCAAGGAAUUACAGCAGUCCAUGUUAAUGGUAGUGAAUGGGACGAACCGAAAGUGAAAAACUGCAAGGGGCAGAGGAAGCCAAUAGAGGGAUCAAGUUUUCCAGGUAGGAGAUAUGCAGGAGAGGCUGUGGUGAAAGAGGUGUUGGGUAACAUGACAAACACAGUACAUUUGCUAGAUAUAACAUUGAUGACUCAGUUGAGGAAAGAUGGGCAUCCAUCCAUUUAUGCAGGAGUAGGUGUGGACUGUAGCCACUGGUGUGUACCUGGUGUUCCUGAUGCUUGGAACCAAAUACUUUACUCUCUUUUGAUGAAAAAAUAGUUUCUUGGCUUUGUCAACAAAAAAGAAUCAGUUUCUUAGGGUAGCAUCAUAGGCCGGGUCACCCACCCGUGCAAAAUAUAACAUCUUUUUUUUAAUUUACGAGUCAAAUGUUACAAAUGAAUACAAUGGUGAGAUUAUUUUGGAUUAUUCAGUAAUUUGUAACUGUAUCUUAUUAUAAAUAGAAGUGCCAAGUAUAC